AAGUUUGAAGGAAGUGGGCAGAGACAUCAUUCAUCAUGAGAGUUGAAACCUGCCACUUCUGCAGUCGCCCUGUAUACCCUAGCAAGGGUAUCAGUUUUGUGCGGCUCGAUUCGAAAAUGUUCCGGUUCUGCAGAAGCAAAUGUCACAAGAACUUUAAGAUGAAGCGCCAACCCCGGAAGUUGAAGUGGACCAAGACCAGCAGAGCUGCAAAUGGAAAGGAAAUGAUUGUCGACUCGUCUCUCGUUCUGUCUCAGUUCGCCAAGAAGAGGAACGCCCCCGUCAAGUACGACCGCAACCUCGUGGCCGCUACCGUCAAGGCUAUGGAGAGAGUGGAGGAGAUCCGUCAACGCAGAGAGCGCGCUUUCACCAAGCGCAGAUUGGCAGGCAAGAUCGCUCGGGACCGCAAGCGCGAGGCAGACCGAAGAGUUGUGGCCGAGGGCGAGCACCUUAUCCGCAAGGAACUGCGCGACAGAGAAGAAGGAAUGCCUUUGGUGCAGGAGGGCAAGCAGAACAAGAUCUUCAGCGAGGAGAGGCUCAGACAGAAGAAGAAGACCAGAGUUCUUGUGGAUGGCACAACUCAGGAGGAAAUGGACGUCGAUUAA